GAGUAGGAUGAGGUAUAUAAGGAGAGGCACGACACCCGGUAACAGCACCUCAUCCGCCCAUACAACUUGACACUCGACCGGUACAUCUAUACUAUCAGUCUACCGUUCAAGAUGAGGUUCCUCGCUGUCGCCGUCGCCCUGCUACCCGCUCUUGGGUCAGCGCACACUAUCGCUCAGCGCGUCCGUAUCAAUGGCCAGGAUAUGGGCCAAGGCAACGGUAUCCGCGUCGCCCCUUCCAACAACCCUAUCACCAAUGUCAAUGACGGCAAUAUUGCUUGUAACUCUGGUGCUUCUUCUUCCAGCAAAGUCAUCGAUGUCAAGCCUGGAGACAAAGUCGGUGUCAACUGGGGCCACGUCGUCGGUGGAGCACAAUUCGCGAACGACCCCGACCACCCGAUCGCGAAGUCUCACAAGGGGCCUGCUAUCUUUUACAUGGCAAAGGUCUCUAAUGCCGCCAAUGCGUCACCCUCUGGUCUCCAAUGGUUCAAAGUCGCUGAGGACGGUCUCGACAGCUCUGGAAACUGGGGCGUCGACCGUAUGAUCAACAACGGCGGAUGGACUGAGAUGACAAUGCCGUCCUGUGUCGCCCCAGGCCAGUAUCUCCUCAGGGCUGAGAUGAUCGCACUGCAUAGCGCGAGCACGUCCGGUGGUGCGCAAUUCUACAUGGGCUGCGCGCAGAUUAAUGUCUCGGGAUCUGGAUCAAAGACUGGCAGCACGGUCAGCUUCCCUGGUGCCUACAGGGCUGAUGAUGCGGGUAUCAAGCUUAGCAUCUACAACGCUCAGGGUCAGCCUAAGGGCAACGGAACGCCUUACAAGAUUCCUGGUCCGGCGAAGCUGCAAUGCUAGAGCAAUAGCACGUCAGCCCAGGAGAAAACUGAACACCAUUGGGCCUACAUUACCAUAAAGUUUUCUAGUUUACUUACUUUGUCCUAAUGUAGUCUGCAGACCUGUUCAACUUUCUUCUUUUAUGAGAUGAUGUGAGAGAUUGGGCGAUUGACAUGAGCGUGCGCAGUUGGAGGUAAUUCUGGAGCUUUGUGGUUUUUUGCGAACAUCUCUAC